AUGCUCAAAUACAUCGCCUCGCCCUCAAAUACCACCGCCUCGCCCUCAAAUACCACCACCUCGCCCUCAAAUACCACCGCCUCGCCCUCAAAUACCACCGCUUCGCCCUCAAAUACAUCGCCUCGCCCUCAAAUACAUCGCCUCGCCCUCAAAUACCACCGCCUCGCCCUCAAAUACACCGCCUCGCCCUCCAAUACAUCGCCUCGCCCUCAAGUAUACUGCCUCGCCCACAAAUACACCGCCUUGCCCUCAAAUACACCGCCUCGCCCUCAAAUACCACCACCUCGGCCUCAAAUACCACCACCUCGCCCUCAAAUACACCGCCUCGCCCUCAAAUACCACCACCUCGCCCUCAAAUACACCGCCUCGCCCUCAAAUACACCACCUCGCCCUCAAAUACCACCGCCUCGCCCUCAAAUACCACCACCUCGCCCUCAAAUACCACCGCCUCGCCCUCAAAUACCACCGCCUCACCCUCAAAUACACCACUUCGCCCUUAAAUAUACCACCUUGCCCUCAAACACAACACCUCGCCCUCAAAUACACCACCUCGCCCUCAAAUACACCACCUCGCCCUCAAAUAUCACCACCUCGCCCUCAAAUACCACCACCUCGCCCUCAAAUACACCGCCUCGCCCUUAA